UCGGGACGGAAACUCAGUUCGCUGCGGAUUUUCACGGGAAAAACAACACACCACACUGGGGCGCCCCAUUUCACUUCUGCUCUGGUGGUGCUAGCGACUGGUGGUGGCGCGGUUGCAUCGUCGCGUGCUCGUGUGUGUUUGUGUGCGUGAUCAGGAAGGAAUGAAUUGCCAAACUUGGCCAGUUUAAGUUUUUCCGAGGACCAAAAGGAUUGCCACGACACCACGGAAGAGGGAGGAAAAGUUUUGUUGGUGUCAUUACUGUAGAAAACGAAGAAAAAAAGUGAAACAGGUGAAAAUUCCGACUCGGAAUCGGUUACGUGUACGAAAACGAUCCUGUCGUUCCGAGGUGGACGAAAAAUUUCCGGUAAUUUGAAUCUCCAGCAGGAAAAUUGCUGCCGGAAAACUGGAAGAAAACCAAAAAGUUUUUCCAAUUCAAUUUGCCUUCUUAAGGUGAUACUUUUGUGGACGAGCCCGCUUGCAAUUGCGAAACAAAAAAAAAAAAGAAAAACUAACCGAAAAGUGCUGAGUGAGUGAGAAAGUGGGAAAAGUCUCGGAAUUUCCUCUCAUUUUCACACGUUACGGAACCCCUCAAGGAAGUCAAAACAGUAAGGAGGUGCAAAUAAUCGUUACGGUCGUCGUCGUCAUCGGCACGCGGUGGAGAAAAAGUUUGAAUAUUUCCCAGGAGAUAAGGAAAGUGUGCUGCAGAGGAAAAGCGUUUGCAGAGGUGAGAUCGGAAAAAGAACGAAGUUGGAGGAAAAAAUCUAAUCAAAAUUUCACGAGGACGAAGAAGAUCGCAAAAGGAAAUUGAGCGAGGAGGCAACAAAGACAUACUCGCUCUCUCUCCCUCUCACGCUCAUAAAGGGGGGAAACCCGUGUAAAAAAUUACUAAAAUUGAAAAAAGAAAAUGCAUAAAGAAUAAAAGUGCACCAAUACGCUCGCAACACAAAUUUCGAAACAGUGGUGAAAAGUUCUUCUUUUUGUCGAGGGGCCAACACGAGUGAUAGCGUAAUGUUAUUUUUUUUGUUGCUUUUAAAAAUUUCGUAAUCUUUCGGUGGUGUGUGACACUUGGCUUGGCACAAGAAAAAUGAGAAUUUGCAAAGUGAAGGUGACGGUGGCGAAAAGAAUCAUGAAUGGUGAAGGUUGACACAAAAAAUCGUCAUUGACAGCACAUGGCGCAGUAUGCAGGGAAGGGAAAUGCUGCAUUACAUGAAGGUGUCUCACCCUACAGCCGCUGAAUUAUUGUAUUAUUUUUAAUGUUAUUAAAAACUCUACGCGCGCAAUGCCAGAUUCGCAAUAACGAGCAAAAAAACUGAGAGUGAAACAGCGUGAAACCCACACAAAGAAGCUUACGCCCGUUCGGUCGUGUUGGUGUCGUGACACAACAGUGAGGCAGUCCGAAAUUUUAACAAGAACCUCUGAAAUAUUUAUGUUUUUUUUUCUGCAGUUAGUCGCAGAGAAAAAAAAGAGACAACCUGUGAAAAGUUAGACAAGCUGAAGGAAAAAGAGAGAAAAGAUAAAUCUUAUUAUUUCUCGCGUGAGUAAUUCGCAAGUGUAAGUGACAGUGCCAGCUUGUCAGCGGAAAAGAAGAAAAGCAGAAAAAAGAAACGAGAGCGUGUGAAAAUUUUCGCAAUAAAAAAGGAAAAAAAGUGUAAAAAAAACUCCGCAUCGUGAAAAUUUGGCAGAGAGGAGCAGCAGCAGCAGCAGAGAGUGGAGAAGCAAAGUGUCAAAAGGAAGAUCAAGUGAUCGCGCUAAUUGAAACGAGUUGAAACGCCAACCGGACAAUUUUGAUUGCAAAUCGACAAUAUCGGGUGUACGCAACAACUGCUGUCGUCGCUGUCCACACGGGUGCUGAUACGCGGCGCUGGAACAAUUGGAUUAGUUCCAGGUGAUAAAUGUUCCUGAUAUCUGCUUGAAUGUUUUGAUUGCAGACAUUGUGUGCAAAAGAUGUCCUAAUAUGGGUUUCCCGUGCGGCGAAAAGGCGCAUCCUCGCACGACGUCACGACCCUCGGAGCCAAGCUGGAACGAGCUACCAAUCGGCUGUGAGCAACAACAACAACUGCUGUUACCACCGCCAACAACCACCAACACCGUCAACUUGAGCAAUCUGAACUCCACUUCCCGCAAGCAUCAGCAGACAACACUUCAUCGCGCCCGCACCCUCCAGCCCAAACAUCCUCCUCCGGCGUCGGCAGCAUUCCCGGAAGUGUCACCCGGCGGCUUCCAUUAUCCGUUUAACCUUUUCCAUCCGUUCCACGAUCCGGCCUCGACGGCGACGACGACGCUCCAGCAGUACUCGACGAUUAUUCUCGGCAAGCUCUCACAAUUUAUCACCAAUCAUGUAGCGGCCAGGAGUGGCGGAGGAGGGGGCGGUUCUCGGAGUCCGGAACUGCUGCUGCCGCCACCCUGGUCCCCGUGCACCCGCCACGCUUCCGACGGCCCCUCGGUGCAUUCCCACGACACCGGAAGGUCGUCCCCAGCUGAUGCCGUAGGACCUUCCGAGAAGCGCCAUCACUCAUCAACCCCCGUGCUCACCUGCGAAGAGGCCGCCGGCAGUAACCCGAGAGUAGUUGUGCCGCCGGAAUCUGCUCCAACAACAACCUGUGAUCCUGCUGCAACGUCGGUUGCCUACCUUGGGGGGUGCACCGAGUCUUCUUCGUCGCCGUCGUCACAAUCUAUCAGCCCAGAUGCUUGCCUCGGCGACUGUUGCAGCAACCAUCCGGCAAAGGACAGAAACGACGGCAACCGGCAAACGACUUUGACUUGUGGGACCGAGACUAGGACGGGGAGGGGGACAGGGACAGGGACGACGGACGCCAGACCUGCUACCACUGCUACAACUACUACUACUACCGCUACGAGUAGUCAUUAUCUUGUAAGACAUUCACUCUGUUUAUAUGCAGCAUCUAGCGUUAUAUUAGCGUUAUGUUAUCUAACAAUACCAACAGUUGCCUCAGACACACCACACACUAUCAGAGGAAAAACGCGAUUCGCCGAAGGAAAGUCAGACAAAGAGAUUCUAGAUCAUCUGUUAAAGGGUUCGCGAUACGACAAAAGGUUGCUACCACCGGUUGACGAUGCGGAUUUCUGCUGCGGUAUGCAAACACCGGAAAUGGCAAAGCACAUGCCCGAUACACGCGUUCCAGGACGUCCCCAGAACCGCGGUUCUUUGACUGUAAAUGUUAGUGUUCUACUAUUAAGCUUAGCGUCGCCAGAUGAAUCUAGUCUGAAAUACGAGGUGGAGUUCCUGCUCCAGCAGCAGUGGUACGACCCGCGGCUGCGGUACGCGAACCAGUCCUCGUACGAGUUUCUGAACGCGAUCCACCACCACGAGGACAUCUGGCUGCCGGACACGUACUUCAUCAUGCACGGCGACUUUAAGGAUCCGAUCAUCCCGAUGCACUUUGCGCUGCGGAUAUUCCGCAACGGUACGAUCAAUUAUCUCAUGAGGCGCCACCUCAUACUGUCGUGUCAGGGAAGACUGAACAUUUUCCCGUUCGAUGAUCCGCUGUGUUCAUUCGCGUUAGAAAGCAUAUCGUACGAGCAGUCGGCCAUCCGGUACGUCUGGAAGAACGACGAGGACACUCUGCGGAAGAGUCCUUCGCUGACAACCCUAAAUGCGUACUUGAUCCAGAACCAAACCAUAACCUGCCCCAUCAAGGCGAGCUGGAGAGCUGAAGGACAAGCCCUUUCCGAAGAGGACGAAGAGUUUCUUUGUAAUUUAUGUCAGAGGCGGUUUGAGGAGCAAGGUAAUUACAGUUGCCUGAAAGUAGACCUAAUGUUUACACGUGACCGGGCGUUUUAUUUCACCACCGUAUUCAUACCGGGCAUCAUCCUGGUGACCUCGUCCUUCAUAACGUUCUGGCUGGAGUGGAACGCGGUGCCGGCCCGGGUCAUGAUAGGCGUCACAACCAUGCUGAAUUUUUUCACCACCUCGAACGGUUUCCGCAGCACACUGCCGGUGGUUUCGAACCUGACGGCGAUGAACGUGUGGGACGGCGUCUGCAUGUGCUUCAUCUACGCGUCCCUGCUCGAGUUUGUGUGCGUCAACUACGUCGGCCGGAAACGGCCCCUGCACAACGUCGUCUACCGGCCGGGCGAAAAUCCGGUCACCCAGCGUCUUCCAGCUGUCCUAAACAGGAUCGGGAUAAUUCUCGCGAGUCCCCUGACGUCAAGAGUAUUCUCGUCCAAAACUUAUCCUAACGAGCAGGAAACGAUCGAAAACGAGUUCCACAUGGCGAUCGCUGCCGAGAAGUCGACUUCCGCUAAUGCUGCUGCUGCUGCUGCCACCUCCGCUGCUGCCACUUCCGCCGGUACCGCAACUUCCGCUUCUGCCGCUAGUCCAAGGGCCACGUCCAGACCGGCCAGCACCAUCAUGCUGGAGGAAGGUCUGGGCGAUGGUGGGGCUGGCGUUCAGCCACGUGGCACCAUCCGCCGGCAGCCAACGGUCGAGACCAAGCUCAACGAAAGUGGGCUGAUGGAAACGAGCUUUGGUGUGAAGAAGCGGGAAUCCGGCGGCCCGAACGAGAUUGUGGCCUGCACGAGCUGCGCCGGCGGAAACAGCCCCUGUACGCACUCGGCCAACAAUGGCUGCGCCACCGAGACAUGCUUCGUCCAGGUGCGGAAAAAGGAGCCACCCCACCCGAUCCGGGUGGCCAAAACGAUCGACGUGAUCGCCCGCAUCACCUUCCCGUCGGCGUACGCCGUGUUUCUCAUAUUCUUCUUCAUCCACUACAAGGGCUUCUCCUAGAAUACGAUCAGCAAGCACCUGCUGCACACCGUCUACACCAACGACAACAACCUGCUGCAAUAGAAGGAUCACAAUAAAGACACAUUUGAAAUUCGUUAAUUUUUCGUCAAUUCACACAUUUAACAAAAGGCCGCCAUUUUGAUAAAAUUAGAAAACUUAUAUCAAGUGCAAAUGGAGAAGCUUCGAGCAAACACAAACACACACUCACACAAAACACACAUCAAGAAUCAGACAAGAGUCGGAGAAACGAAAAUUUUCAGAGAAGGGAAUCUGAAGGAAAACUGUAAAAAGCGAAAAUGAAAAGUAGAACGAGAAACAACAAAAACAAAUACUGCCUUUUAGUGAAAAAAAAACAACAGCAAAAGUAAAUCAAAACAAAACAACAUAGAAAAGUGAACAUUUUGAAUGCUGUAAUGACAAACAAAUAGAUAGACGAUUGUGAAAUAACUGUACAUACAAACACAUCAUUUCGCGUAAAACACAUACACAGACACACACACUCUAGUCAAUCUCGGUUUAAGUUACAAAGGUUAAAUUUAAAGUUUAAAGUGCAGAUAGUUAAUCGAAUAAUCGAAGAAACCAGUUACCAGUGCGUAUAUGUUACCUUCUUUCCAUAUUACCAAUGCAACUAAAGUGAACAAAUAGAAGCUACUCCUAGAGUGCGCGCGCAGCAGCUAGAACAAAUAACAAAAAAAAAAGUUACAGGCAAAUUUACCCUUAAUUCAGCCCUGGGCCCACGCCGCCGGCUCAGAUUUCGCGUUGAGUUUCCAAACUGAGAGUGGCAGGGAGCGAUGGGAAGAGACGAACCAAACACGCCAAGCAAAUGACAAAAUAAAAAUCGCAAUCAAAUAGAACUCUAGUCAGAGGAUAAGAAAUGAAAGAAAAUAUAGCAAUAUUAUUUGAAUAAAGUCUAAAUAUAAUUAUAUGAAAGUUUAUAUUGAAAAGAGUAAACAACUACAACCAAAAAAAGAGGAAGAAACGAUUUAAUGAUACAGCUUAAGGGGUAAGGCGGAAGUAAUCUAGUCAGAUAAGCACACACGAAUGCAAAAAAAACAAAACCAACUUUAUAUUUUUCUGAACAGAACUAAAUACGUAGACGAAACUGUAUUUUAUACCCAUUUUCUACACAAAGUCUACGUGGUAAAAAGUUUCCGUUUUACAACAACAACAAAAACCAACCCGAACCGAAUUAGAAACUAAGGCU